CCGGUUUGGCGCGUACAGUCCUGCACAACACGAUGGCUCCUAUAGGCAGUAUCGAGACAGGAAACUAACGUUAAAGUAACGUGACACGGCUGCAUAUCACCUCCCACCUGUCGCCAAUCCGGGUUAACCUGUCUAGUAUUUCUGUACCGCAGGGGCCUCCGUAUAUAUAGGCGUAUAUGCGGUGUUACUAAGCCGGUCAGGUCAACAGCGAUGCCUAUACCCGCAUUCAAGUUUUCAUUGUUGUUUCCCAGGGAAUGCGUAGUCGCAUUGCGUUACGUGACAACCAAACAACCUCCGCUCUCGAUCGCGCUCAUUUCGCUUGCAUGCGCUUGCCUAUACUUGCCACUUUUCACAAGCUGCGAGUGCCACAAAAAAAUCUAACGUAUUAGCACGCCUCGCUGCGCAGUUUUCGUUCAAGGCUCUAAUAUGAUAUGCAGUAGUGGCGGUACGAUUUUAGUCGCUCCGGCACUCAAGCUAGCUUACAGUGCCCAUUAUGGAAGAAACGAAAAUGUCGAUGCAUUAUUUUUGCGCGUUUUAAAGAGAAUUAUAUUUGAUGCUUAAAUAAAUAGGCAUUUUUGGGCAUGUUUAGUGCCCAACUGGGUUGAAUGAAGAGCUGCAAAGUGGACACGUCGCAUGUUUACGGCAGCAGCCAGCUCCUUUUACUGUUUCAUACUUUCUUUAAAGGUUUUUUUUUACAAGUGUGCAUGCUCAGUAGUCUCAAAUGAUAGUUAAAGAAGGACGUACGAGACUUCGCAGCUUCAUGGCUUCGGUCAUUUGCUGAACUAACGCCAUUUCGGCCAUUUGUCAAGUUGGAAAGGAGCUCGCUCGCAUUCCUCCUCGCUUUCUUGUUGCAAUGGUAACAACCCCGAUGACCACUGGGGCACACUAUGCAGUCGUCUAACUCGGCAUAUACAGUUUUCACUGUUUAAAAAGAAGAUCAGUCAGUAUUUUGCUCUGUUUCAAUUUGUCCAAAACCAGCAGGCUGCUAUCAAGAAGACGCAAGGAUCGCUGUGGCUAGACGAUCACACUAAGGCCAUCGCCAUCGAUAAGUUCUCCAAGGCGAGGAUCACACUAUGGCCCCGAGGCGAGUACCUGACCGAGAAUGCGCUGGAACGGGCCUUCGAAUCGUUCCCUCGGAACGGCACGAUGUCGCUGACGCAGCUGUGGGAAGAGACGCGCCUGGUGUGGCACGCGCUACGGGACACGCCCGAAGCUGAUGAGGACUACCGGCUGCCGGGCAGUUACACGCAGCCGUACGCCCGCUACUGGUACCUGCUGAACACGGUGCGGUUGUCGCUGGGGCUGCUGGCGCAGCCGGCCUACCACCGCGAGGGCACGCGGGCGAUGCUGUUCGGAGGCUUGGGAUUCCUCUUCGCUCGCCAGCUAGUGGGCGCCGUGGACGGCAGCGGCAUUGGUGUGGACGCCAUGGGCAAGCCCGUGGCCGGUUCGUGGAUUGGCGACUCCACGGCUCGAGUCAAUUUCGAGAAGCGCCUGCGCUGCGAGGUGGACCUGUUUCCCGACGUGCCUGCGGUCGAGGUGGCCUUCGCGGCCUUCCUUGAUGGUGCCUCUAGCGGCUUGCGACUAUCACGCCGCUUCAGUGAGCUCCAGGUGUUUUUUCUCACCCUGUGCCACCUGACAUGCGCCUGUGGCCACCCUGACAACCUGUAUGGCGCCGACUGCAACCGGGUCGUCAAGAACUUCCAGCCGUUCGCCGACGCCUUCCGCUGUGCGCCGGGCUCGAAGAUGAACCCAACCAACAAGUGCCGCUUCUUCGGCUAGACUGUCUCUCAACGUUGCAUCAGUAGUCGUUUUGAUCAAUUGUGCGAACGUCUGCGAUACCUUACUUUUUUGUGCUUGAUUUCGUUUUGUCUGUGCAAUUAGUGUGAUUUUCUUGACCGUACACGCCUGUUUCAAGUGCUGUACAGAGAAAGCAAAUUACAAGCACAUAGUCAGUGACAACAUAUUCUACAGCUUGGCGUGUAAUGCGCACGAUUUCUGAUUAAUAUUCCCCUGCGAUGUGACAUCGAACACUCCGUGUGCGUUUCUUCUAUAGCUGUGUGUUCGCCAACUUGCCUUAGAUUUCUGAACUGUGCUCAGGAUAUUCCGCCUGUUUCCCGUGGCUACAUGUGUACGCGAGGCUCUCAAUUUGCUUUGGCAAGCGUUAUGAACGAUACCUGUAGUGACCUAACGCUACUGCGAGAGAUUGCGCAACUUUGAGUCCUUGAACAUUUCACCAUGUGUAAUCCUCUCGCUGUUUGUGUAUUUGUCCGCGACAUAGCGUCAGCAUCAUAAGUGUGGCCUCCUGUACUGAAACGACUGCUCGCAAAAAUUUAGAAGGAACUCUGGCGUUGUAAUCGUCCAGCUAACAUGGGAAUGAUGUUCAUUAUAACGCGAUUGUUACAUUUAUAACGCGGUACCUUGGUGGAAAUAAUUUCAAAGCAGAGGAACCAUCCGAAGCCAGACGCACGAUGUUUAGGCAAACAGCUCAUGUUGACGCUAGCGCCAGAGUUCUCUCUAAUGGGGAGAGCUAGGUUGACAGGCAAAGGAUUGUCGGAUUUGGAGCGGUCGUAGUCGUAGCGAGGACCUUGGGACGACAGGGCUAGGCGAGCAGGAUUUAUUUACAUAUUAACAGUUUAAGCAGGAUACAUUGGCAGACUAGCGCGACUCCCAUAUGGAGCCCGCAAAACUAACAUACAGCAAACAGAUUACGAGCACACAGCUCAUUCAUUUCUAGCAUGACAAGCACUCAGCUCCCGACAACGAUCACGACACGAGCACUCCCUAGCAGCCGGCAAACACUGCUUAUAAGCUCUGCGCUUGACCUCAUAGUUCGA